UCAGUUCGGCUUGACUCACUCGCCGAUAGCGCAUAUAGUUAAUAUUUUCAACCGUGACCGAAUAUUCUCUCACUAGUAAAUUCUUUUUCCCUCUAAGAUUAGUCGAAUAGAGCCCAUUCGCUUUGCCAAAAUGGAAAUACGAAGCGCCACAAAAUUAACAAAGAAGGAUAUCGCCGGCCGAGACUUCUCGUUUGAGGUAUCUGCCGAAGUAGCGAAGCCCUAUGAUGCACUUACGCGAGACGAGAUAAUAGCUACCAAUCCUGUCCCGGUGAUAAAAAAAGACUUCGGAUUUGAUGAGUCCGAGUUUGAGAAUAUCAAAGCCCAUGAUGCGGCAUUGUUCACUAUAGUGGAAGCCGAGGCUGUUUACGGAUACAUACACGCAGCAAAGUCUUGGAAUAAUAUGGUGGAGAUUCGUUUCAUUGUGCUGGAUGUGAGCAUUCGAGGUCAAGGAUACGGCAAGAUGCUUCUAGACGAGGCGUUGAAGUGGGCUCGCCAACUGGGAGUUGCUGGAAUUCGUCUAGAGUCUCAAUCGAACAAUGUCGCGGCAUGUCGCUUUUAUAAGCGAUAUGGAUUCAAGUUUGGUGGCUACGAUGAGUACCUUUACCGCGGAAUUCCGCAGAACAAGCAAGAAACGGCCCUUUUCUGGUAUUUUAUGCUGGAAUAAUUUAAAAACUCAGGCUGUCCAAUAGUAUGAAAAGAAAUCAAGUAUAUUAAUUCCAAAGGGUAUCCUACUCUUUGCUAUUUGAACGAGAGCAUUGCAACAAGCCUGUAGCUAGCUUCUUAAUUAGAUAGUAGAGUUUUGCAAUCUUGAAAGACAAUCUGUUGCGU